AAGCGACAGUGCUGCCACGCGUCGGAGCGUUUAACCAACGCUCACCGGUGAAUUACGACAUGGCCGUUCGUGAAGCGCGUAGGGUUCCUUCUUGAUCCCGUAUUUUAUCUCGAUUAUUUAUUGUUUAGUGUAAUAAAAAUAGUCGGCAAAAUGAACAUGUCCGUGGAGAAAAAGAAAUAUCCUUCGGCGUUACCGACCAAUUGGUCAACGAGGGAGGAAACGGCUAGAAAAAGUCAAAAUCAAUUGACGUCUACGGGAAAGGUUGACGUUUAUUAUUACAGCCGUGGUGUAAGGAACGACGCAUCGUUGGUACCGCCUAUAAGGCAAACUGCUUCCAUAUUUAAACAACCGGUUACUAUAUACAAAACACAAGAGGGAAAAGUAAAGGAUUUAAAGCAUGGUAAUCAAGAGAAACCAAAACAGGAAGGAGCCGAUAAAGCUGAUGGCAAAUACGGCUCCCAAGAUAAGCCUAAGCAGCUAUUUUGGGAGAAACGUUUAGAAGGUCUCAGAGCAUGCGAUCCAGAUGGAUACGAGUUUGACGCAAUGGAUUUACCGAAGUCUCUUAAACCGGUAGGACCGUAUAUAACCGAAGAAACUUUGUUACAAAGCGUAGCCACGGCUCUUCACGUAUCCUCUCAACCUGUUACGGGCCAAACAGGAUCUAAAACGGCACUGGAAAAAAAUCCUGGAGUGUUUCUUAAUCCCGAUCAACCCCUCGUACAGGCUGUUUCCAUAGCGGACGAAGACAUCAAGCGACAAGAGGAUCGUGUAGCACUAGCGAGAAAAAAAUUGCAAGAGGCGCUACGAGGGAUGCCUACGUAAAGUCUGUUAGCCAUAUUAUCGAUAAUACAUUCUUUAGUUUUAAGUUCGUUUUAAUUUAUAUCACGCAUCAGUUUUUAUAAUAAAUGUUUUAUAAAAAAAAAAAAAGAGAGAGAGAGAGAGAAAGAAAGAAAGAAAGAAAGAAAAAAAAAGAAAAAAGAAAAAAAGAAAAGAAAAACUAAGAAAGAUCGAAAAGAAAAGGGGCGGAGAUCGAGGCGAAACGUUUCUUAUGUGUUAAUUUAGUCUUAAGUCGAUGCCUUUCGGACGAACGCUUUAUCUCGACGGAAAAACCACGAUUUGUAAUCUAUUACGUUAACAUUCUGAUUAAUGCGUCCUUACUUUCGUUAACUGGUCGCUAUCGCAACAUUUAAUAUUCCAUCCAGCAACUUUCUCGUCUGGCAUUACCAGGCAACGCAACGUAAUGUCUCGCAAAUACGAGACGCAACAUUCGAAGAAAGAUGCACACGCAAUCGGAUUCUAGGUCAUUAAACUUCCUUCAGCUGAGUUGCACGAAAGAAAGAUCAAAUUAAUCAGAUUGAAAUCGUUCAUGUUGGAAAGCGCUAAGGACAACCACUCGUAAUCCGAUAUUGUCGUAAACGAUCGAGCGUGUAGUAGGAAAUUCGAUCUUGUUCUGGUACAAGCCAAGAAAAAGAAAGAAGAUAUAAGGGAGAUUGAAGGAAAUAAAGCGAAAGGAAGGAGAAGAGGUAGACGCUAUUGCUGAGAGGUAGACAACAGCGUUUAAAAUCGAUCAAACUACUCUAAAUAUUUCAAGACUAAACGCGAUAGAAAUGAAACGAUUCGUUGGAGAACGCUUUAGAUGCGAGCAAGAAAAACUCGACUUGCAGUAAUCGGAAAUAAAACGUAGACUCUUGUCAAAGUCUCGUCGCGAUUACGUAUAUAAUUAGAGCGAAGGAAAAGAUGGAACAUGAGAAAGAACGAAAUGGGGUGUGGAAGAGAACGGCAUAUUUAUUAUUACGUUGUAGGACUUGGCUCUUUAGCAACGACUCGAUCUUUCUUCGCAAUUCUCGUCGAGUGACGCAAACGAGAGAGAAAGAGAAGACGAGAAGGGCGAUCUCAUACACAAAGAGAGAGAGAGAGAGAAAGAAAGUGUACCUAGAGUGAAAUCGUCGGUACUCGACGAUCAGGGCGAACGAGCCCGGGUCAAUAAAGCUCUUUUUUUCUUGCGAACGACGUUACGCUCGAACAACGACGGGUAAGAAGGUCUCACGGCUAGACGGAGACAGAAGAGAAGCGCGAAAAGAAGAGAACGACUUUUUUCGAAUCGUUUCAAAAAAAGAAAAAAAAAACUAUUUCGCGUACGUAGGGAAGACGAAUAAGAAUAAGAGAAGAAGAGUGAACUCGCGUUGUUGUGCCUUAGCAAGAGAGGAUAAAAUGAAAAAGAGAGUGGGAGAAGGAGAGACUCGUGCCAUCGUCUGGGAACGGGUAGACGAGGUGCCUUCGUUCGGAGCUCAACUCGUCAACAAAAGAAAUACCCGAGGCCCCCAGGUAUAUAAUAGGUAUAUAGUACGUACAAUGGCGUAUCGCCAGCUUUUCAGGUAAGCCAGAACGAACAGCCAGGUAAGCCAGGUGGUAACCUUCUUUUUUUCCUCUCUCUCCCUCUUCGUACUCUUCGAGGCCCUCAACCUCGUCGUCCUUUUCUCACCAUCAUCGUCCAACAGCUGUUUCCCCGUGCUGUUUCGCCAAAAGGCUCGCCCUUUUUCCUCCUCGACGUCGCGAUCGAACCAGAUCGUUCCUUACCCUCGGCCUGCACCAUUUUUAAAUCUUUGCGACUCGUUCCAUUUCUUCCCCAUUUCAAUCUACCUUCUUACGUGUGUGCGUCUAUGCGAGCACGUACAAAUAUUAAAGUCGAAAGAAGGACGAGUAAAUUGUAGCUCUAUUGGCUCUAUAAUGGCGGAAAACCCGCAUCGUAGCGACGUACGCGACACCCUACGGUCCGACGCGAUUCGUUCUCAUUCCACUACCCCUAGCUUUCUCCUUGCUAGGAUCGAAUGGAUUAGCUCGAGGCUGAUGAGCACGAGAAAAGACGUCGGGGUGCCCAAUUUCGAGGAACAUCGUGUUUUUCUCGAUAGCGAUACUCGGUACAAAUGGUUCGUUAGCCGGAAUUGAUUUAUUGUUCUUUCUUAAGGAAGACAAAUAUUCCGACGUAGGCUUAAUCAAGUAUAGGAAAUAGCGGAAGAAAAAAGAAAAUGAUUAAAUGAUCGAAAUUCUGAGCCCGAUUAGACGCAACUUUGUAACUUUUUUCGCUUCUCCCUUGUUUUUUUUCCUCCGGAAAGAGGAAACGAAGUUAAUGGAGAAUAUAAUCCGUCUCGUGCGAUACUCGCAUAUAAAUAGAGCGAACUGUAGAACGAAGCGUUAUCGAUCUUUCGAGCAGGCGUUCGACCGACGGAAGUCGAACGAGCUGACCGAGUUGACCAGCGGGUACAUAGGCGUUCGCCUCGAAGUCUCGAGCCGACCGGAAGCGAGCACGAUUUUU